AUGGCUUUGAAUGUUAUGGUGGCUCAGGAUGAGAGGUUCGGUGAAUCCGACAAGGGAAUUGCAGAAGUACUUGGGUAUUUGGCUAAUUUGGUCAAAGCUUUCGUGUACCAUCAUCGCAAGAAUGCAAAGAAAGAAAAUUGUCCAUUGUACGGCAUUGCAACGGACUCUACAACUUUCCACUUUGUCAGACUGGAUAAUGACUCCACGUAUGUCACCACAACGCUAGAUUCUCGAGUGGACCUAGAAAAGACAUUCGGUUUAUUGGUCCAUGUCCUGAAAGAAGCAUCAGCCGUUUCAUCGACACAACCGACAGCGUCAUUUACGCAACCUGAUCAAGGUGAAGGAUCUACCGAGCCUCUCGUUCCCACUGAGUCUUCCUUGAGACGAAAGGUUGACAAGAGAAUGCAAUACGAAAGGCUCAAAUACGAAACGUCUGAGGAUGAGUACUCCGAAGAUGGAUAG